AUCAGAUUUGGCGAGCUGCGUAUAAAAACUGUUGUGCUAAAGCGCUUGUGCAUCUGGAAACAAGAAUAGCGUGGUAAAGGGUUGCAGACAAUACACUCGGCACUUUUGCGGUAAAGGUUCGAAACUACAUGCUAUUGCUAGAGUCCAAAUCGUGAUCCUUCUGGCUGUGCUAGUGCUACGGGUAAAUUCGCACGAACUGAAUUAUCCUACUCUGGCUUAUUUUUGUUGGCAGUGACUCUGUACAUGCUGUACUCAGAUUUAAAGGGAAACCAUAUUGAGGAUUGAGGUGCAGUGUUGAAAUGAGUGCUACAAAACAACUCUCUCGUUCACAGAAGGCAAUACCUCGCGUCUGAAUAUCACUGAUGUUCAUACACAUGUACAUGCAUUACCUAACUUGGUGCGAACAACUACAACUAAGAACUAAACGAUUAAAGGAUCCCAAUAAACAUUUACAGGACUUACACAAGAACUUUGCCAAAUAUUUUCAUAACUUACUGAAAGUUUCGUGCUUUGAAUUAACGUGCAUUGCAAGUCGUCUAAAUGGCAAACUUAUUAGAUCCAAGUGUUACUCAAGUGCAAUUGAACCCUCAUCAACUAUCACUCCUCUUCGCCCAACAAGCAACUGCGCAAGCUGCCCUAGACAGAAAGAGCGGAGCCUUCAAGAAACUGGUCGUGGAGGUUCAAACAAGCAAGCAGGAUGCAGAACGUUACAAAGAACGGUCAAAGUACUUGGAACUGGACGUUGCUCGAACGGAUGCUUACCUUGCAAAGGUACGACAGCAGUUCACUGAACAGCAGAGAAAGAACGCAGAACUGAACGCGGAAUUGGCAAACUCUCGGAAGCGAGAGAAGAUUUGUGCAAGAUGUCAUGGGAAUGAGGAUGAGAGGGGCGGAGUUACCAAGAUUCAAGGGGGAGAUCAGUCGUCAUCUUAUUCCAAGGAAGAACCUGGAAAGGCCCAGAAAGCUUCACAGAAGACCGGCGGAGAUAAACAUGAGUCAUCCAGGCCAGCUGAUGAGCAGCCUAGUAGCAGACUAUUCCGGCCCAAGCCUGCUGUACCGUUCCAGCCCAAGCCUGGUGUAUCAUUCGAGCAUCAUGAGCUUUUCAUUCACCAGAUGAUGCUGAUGAAGCAAGAACUGACAAGACUAGCCAAGGAGAAAGGCCAAGAUGUCGACAAAAUCUUGGAAGCUGCAGAAUACAAAGAGACCAUUAAGAAGCUACAGGAAGACAUCCAAGACAAAGCAGAUGAGAAUGAGCGAUUGUUGGAGAAGAUUGACAGGCUGUGCUCUAAGAAGGACCAACCAGCUAGUCAUAUAGUCCAACUGCAGUUUAUGAAUGAGAAACUGGAGAAGAGACUAAACCUAAGCCAAGUCAUGAUAGACACCUUGUCCAAACGCUGUGAGGAACUGAAAGAUGAGCUCCAGAAAUAUGGUCCACUCAAAAAGGAAGACGGCCGUGCUGUUCAUGACUCCAAAGUCUUCCUUCCAAUCCAGAAGGAGGAGGGGAAAAAGAAGAGCACUUCUGAGAAAACUGGGAGCAUCAGAAAGGGACAAGAUGAGGCUGAUGGAGGAGUAUCCUUGGACCAGUUUGAGCAGCAGAAGCAACGACUCAAUGAAAAGAUUCAGCAUCUUGACACUCAGCUCAAGAAGGUGAUAGGAGACAAUAAACAGCUGAUCAAAAAUCGACAAGAGGCAGAAAAACAAAGAGAGAUAUUUGAGCAGCGCUACAACGCUCUGAUGGAGACAAUGCAGGACAUUCAGAAGAAACAGCAGCAAUGUUCCAACUGUCGCAGCUUGGAGCUAGAGAUUGCUAAACUCAAACAAGAGAUUGCUGACUUGAAGGAAGUCGAUAUGGUGGUCCGAGCACAGAUGAAGCUUUAUGAGGAAGACCUGAGGCAGGAGCAGCAGGAUUCAGCGUCUCAGAAGCAGAAGAACAACUUCAUUGUUGAGCAAUGGACUAAGAACUGCCAACGUAUGGGCCAACAGGUUGACCUUCUGACAGAUGAUCUCCAUAGGGAACGAGAGGAAACUAGGAAACUCAAGCAACAGCUGAAUGCGCUCAAGCCACAGGGCGGACGUUCAGCCAUGUCCCUAGCGCCAACCUUCAGCAAUCAGCGGUGCGCCUUCAAGGGACCCAAGAGCUCCCCCUGGCAGGAAGGCUUUCAUGACAUGCAUGACAUAGAAUGUGACGGGCCAGGGCAGGAUGUAGCAGACGGGAAGGAUCUGUCAGAUUCCAUGGGGGACUUCUACUCGACCAGCUCGGGGGCAACAAUGCCUGGUAAGACUCCUGAAAGAAGCAGCUACCAUUCCAUGCAGUCCAGCUUCUCUUUGUCUCGGAAGCCUCUGGAAUGCCCGAGAUGUAAGAGGGAAUACCCAGCGGAUCGAUUGGAAGAGUUUCAACGCCACGUCAACAAGUGCAUCGAUAGCUCCUGAGACCAUGAAGGGGUUUUGUUUCUUCUAAGAGUACAUGAGGAAAAGAUCUUUGGUUUGAAUUCCAUUGAGGAAAUUGUUGGAGGCCCAUGGUGAAGGAAUGUUAAAUUACCUAGUAGGAAAAGCGAGUGUCCAUGACUGAAAUUAGGUUGAUUUCACACAGGUUGAUGAAACAUGGCAAUGCAUGGGGUAGUAAUAUCUUGGAUUAAUCUAUAGGAUGUAUGACAUAGUUUACCACAUUAAUCUUCACUAACAUUUAAUCAUAUAACUUACACAUACACCUGUAAGUAGAGUGAAAAACUUAUCUACGUCAGCUUUAAUCAAUUUAAUCAAUGUACACUGAGUAUAGAUCACUUCUAUCAUAGAGGCCCCUUAAGUGGUGAAAGCAUUGUGCUAGCAGUUGUUGAGAUAAUGUGUCACAGGGAAGUUGCUGUGUACAAUAGCGUGCACAAUGGUUUCUCCAUUGAAAGGGGCCUGGUGAGUGUACAGUGCAAAGUGACUGCAGACAGCCGGGAUUCAUCGAUAUUCUUAAUAAUUAUCUGUUUCCUUGAGAAAAACAAACAAACAAAAGUGGCCAGUGGUCUGUCCUUGUAAUGGUCAAUAUGAGGUUGGUAUGGAUAUCAAACUGUCACGUCAAAUCGAUCUGGAUCCCUACUGACAGCUUUGGUUUGUGGCAACAAAUGCUUUAAAAUGCUUGCUCAGGGACAACACCAGUAAUACAUGUAAUAACUGGAAAAUGAUGCAAAUUUCACCGAAAACCCUGCCAUUUGGGUCAAAUUAGAGUCAUGUGAGGGAGACAAGAUAGCAAAUGAAGGACGUAAUGUGCAAUUUGUGUGUGCAUGAUUCACAUAAAGUGGACACGGUCUCACAUUAACUGGAAGUGGCUGGGAGUGUCAGUGAAUGUACGCAACUUAUUUCAAUGGUUUAGUGUGCACUUGUGAAGCAUGGUGGAAAAGAGAGUACUUUGUAAUAUUACCCGAGUUGCACAACUGUGUGUGGAUAUAGGAUUCCAUAAUGCUUGAGAUGUCUGAAUGUUUGUCAGAAUAUGCAAUUACCGGUACUAUCAAACGUAUUUAAUGUACUAAGGAGUUUUGAUAAGAUAUUGGUGUGUUAAUUCUUGAGAGACGGCACAGUUAAAUUGGACUGUUUGUUCAAAGCGAAGUCUCAUCGUAUGCAAAUAUGUCAAAAUCAUGUAUUUGUACAUAGCUUCCUGGUGCAGGAAUUAGCAGAAAUUCCCUUGGGAAGGUUUCAGGGAUUUUAGAAGUGGUUAGGAAGUGUGGUGGUUUUUAGUUAGAAACGGAAAUGAAAUGCUGUACUGAUAAAAGAUACUUCUAUGUUCUUGUAACAAAAUGUUCUGCGAUUAAUUUCCUUUAAUUCAUUUGUAUUUUUUCUUAAAUUCUGUGUCAAUAGUGUUUCAUUUACAUUGUACAGUGUUGCAAUUGCCUUUUUUCAAAUUUGUUGCAGUUUUUCCCUUUAGUUCAUAUGUAUUUUUUUGUGAUUCUGUUUCAACAGACUUUCUUAUAAAGUGUUUGUAGAUUUGUUGUACUAGUGUUUGUAGAUCCUGUAUACUUAAUUGUGUGAUACGAAAUGGGAACAUCAAAUGUAAACAAACAAAACCCAAGAUUGUGUUUUGUGACAAAUUCUCAGGAGACUGUAAUUGCCAAUUCAUCAUUUAAUUAAAAAAACAAAUCCCAGACAUUUGUCAGUCAAUUCA